GAUUUUAAAAUUGUAAACAAAAGUGGUCGUAAAAUAGAUCGAGAAGUCUAGAAUUUUUAUUAAACAUUUUUAAAAUUUACUAAUUCUCUAAUCUAGUAAUCUUCAAAUUAAUUCCUUAUUAUUACCUACAUAUAGUUGAUAUAUAGUCUAGAAUAUAAACUCUUGGUAAAUCUAGUCUGAUCUUCAUCUUGAGGAUAACUAAAGUGAUAGACUCAAUGUUGUAAAAACAUGGAACCUACUGGGUGCAUCAAAGAAGUUCUUCUGGCUGCUAUUCAGUAUAGAAAUAACAAUGUACCAUCUGCUUACUUAUUGCGUCAACUUGAGGCUUUGCAAACUAUUUCCUCCAAAUCAAGCUACAUUCGUCAGUUAUCUUCCCUUGAUCAAUAUGAAGUAGUGGAAUGUCUAACGUUUCUGGUAGAAGUCAUCAGAGAGGCUCAUGGAUCAGUGGAACUUCUUAAAAGAGUUGUUAAAAUUUUACUCAAUCUAUCUGUUGAUGAACAUGUUCGUCAGAUGUUGUACAGCACAUUUCAUCUGUGCACACCAUUGAUAUCUGUUAUUAUUAGCUACAGUGGCUGUCCUGAUGAUGACAACAUUCUGUUAGAAGCAUUACAGCUGUUCCAAAGAAUAACAUAUGGGCAUCGUUUGGAUUAUCACAAUACGUACACAGAAGACUUAUUGAAGUUGCUUAUUAGUCAAGUACUUGAACAAAAUGAAGUGACUAUUUCUGCUGUUGUGGGAACACUGGCCAAUUUGUGUAGAAACAACACACUAGUGCAGAACUCCAUCAGAAAUAUGAAACCAUCAGAAUAUAAAAUGCUGUUAAAAACAUUGUGCAGAUUUUUUGAUCAUUCCAACCAAACAUUAGUGAUCUCAUCAAUGAGUGUCUUUGUCAGUCUCUGUUUAAAUGAAAGUGAAGGACAGAAGUUUUUCUUUGAGAGUAGCAACGUAGAGCAAACAUUACAGACAAUAUUCAGCAUAAUAAAGAACAGUUUCAAGACCAUAGCCUGGAAAUAUGCAGCAGAUUUAUUGACUGAUCUACUCAGACAUCCACUCAUGCAGAUCUGCAUUAAAAAAUUUCGUCACCUACAUCAGUGUAUAGGGGAUAUUUUAGUCAACUUGCCUGCUGGUAACGAGGAGUCUGUUUCUGAGAUGUUCCAGUUGUUGUUGAGUCUGUGUACCGUUCCCUCCAUACGUCAGUGUGUGAACUCCAAGAUGUUCAGUCCUCUAGCACAAGGAAAAUUAUCAGCUGCUUCUUUGGUGGAUAUAACACGCUCUCCUCUAACUCCUGAGACAGAAGCUCUGUUGUGUUGUAUACAUUGGGUGGCUCAAGACCCCAGCACAAGAAACCGUGCACCAUGUUUGGCGUUAGAUUUCCUUAUUGACUCUUGUCAGGAUUGCUUGUGUGGCUCAGAUAGUUUGUAUCCAAUUCAUCUUUUAAUCCCAGUGUUCACACAAUUACUGUCUCGGCCAGACCAAACUAACUUCACUGAGAAAACAAUUAGACUUGUCAAAAUUUUAAGCGUUUUAUGCUCUAGUAAGCAAAGUCGGGAGUUGAUUGGAAGCCACUUUCAGAAAGAAAUAGUUGCCUAUUUAAUUGAAAAACAACUAUCUCAGCGACACACGGCUUACACAGCCACCAACCCGCUUGUUACAGAGGAAACAUCUGCCAGAGAAAACUGUGACAGAUGUGUUUUACUUAUUGCUGAUUUAACAUGGAAACUCAGAACUUGCAUUCCUGAACUGUCUGGCUAUCUAUCAAACAUUCUAAAGGAGCCAAAGCUGAUGGAAAUUAUAGCUACAGGACUAGCCUCGUCUAACCAGGAGGAAGUUGUGAUGUCCAUUCGUUUGACUUGUUUCAUGAUGGGCCUUGAUGACCCUAUGCCUGAUGUCCUUUUCUGUGGCUCUGUUGCAGCAUUAAACAAACAAAGACAGUGUGUUGCUAAGAGGCAAAAACUACAAAGAGAGCAUUCACCCAGUGUUAAUGUUCUUACUGAGAGGUCAAUGAACACAAAGGAGAACAGCCCCAAUAAUACAGAGCUUAGAAACCCAUUUUUAAAGACAAGUUUAAACACAGAUAAAGAUGAAACUCACUUAGAGAACUUAAUGAGAAAAGAAAACAUUUUAGAGACCAAAGAGGUGAAGUCUGGUGUUGUUAAAGAAGUUUUGGAACAUAAUAUUAAGACAUUACAAAUUAAAGAGGAACACCUCAGUGAUCUUCUUGAAGCUAAAUCAUUAGCCUUGACUCAAGCGGAUCGUUGUAUAGCUCAACUUAGAGCCUCAAAUGCAUUUCACUAUGCUGAGAUGAAAAAACUUCAGAAUGCUCUGACAGAGUCUGAGAAUAAAACAGAGCUUGUUGUUUCCCAGAUGAAUGAAAUGAGACUCAACUCAGAGAAAGUGAAUGCUCAGUUUGAAGCUCAAUUGAGCUUAGCCAAAGAAGAGAUUGAAGCCUUAAACAAAGUGCAAGAUGAAAUGGCUGAAAAGUCUACAGAUUUAGAAGAGCAACUGGCAAGCAGUAAACAAGAAAUCAAAACAUUAUCCAAUUUGCUGCAGAAUGUUCAGAAGGAUUUUGAGACGCUUUCUGAAAAACAUAAUGUGUCCUGUAAUGUCAACAAGCAGCUAGAAGAGGAAAGAAAAGCUUUAUCCAAACAAAUCAAAGAAAAAGAUGGAUCUUUACAAAAACUAAAUGUCAAUAUUCAAGCCCUGCAGAUAAAAUUUAACGAAACAGAAAAAUUCAGACAAGAACUAGAAAAAGAGAAAGAAGACAUUGAGGUGUAUGUUGACAAAUUGAGGAACCAGUUAAGUUCCAGUGAAAACAUGUGCAGGCAGUUACAGCAAAAGCUGACAACAUUAGAAGGUAUCAAUCAGGAGCAAGAAGAAAAACUGCAGCAGAAAAUGGAGAAAAUUUCUGAACUUGAAUCAGAACUGGAGAAGCAUAAUCAAAUUGUUUCUUUCAUAAGUAGUAUGCAGCUUAAAAAGAAAUAAGAGUCUUGUGCAAACAUGUAUUUUUAUGAAGAAUCUAUUCAAUUUAACUCACUGUGUGCAUUUCUUAUUGUACAAAUAAAGAUGACUUGUUUGGGACUGAUAUAAUUGUAUAGCCCUAAUGAUAAUGAAGUGUGUGUGUGUGUUGUUCUUUCAACAUUUUUACUUUUUAACCUUCAUAAAAGGGAGGAUACAAAUUUAAUUAAAUAAUAAUAAAUUCUGACAAUAAUGAUG